AUGGCGCCACUCAGAUCACUAGUUUUGCUCGUGGCGUACGCCGUACUCGUGGCGGCGGUGCUGCAAGCAUCGGAAACGAGAGUACAGGCGGCUACCUCCUCGCCUUCUUCACCGUUCACCGCCGGUGACCCGCCACAGCCCUCCCUCCCGGGCUCGCCGCCUCUACCAGGCUCGCCCGCGUUCCCGCCGUCGCCCGGCUUCCCGGGCAUGGCAGGCGCGCAGCCGUCUACGUCGCCUUCGCUGCACCCGGCCAGAACAUGCAUGGAGCCGCUGAUACUGGUGGAACCGUGCGCCAGCUACCUGACGAACUCCAGCGUGCGGGCGCCGCCCAGAGCGUGCUGCGACGGCCUCAGGUCGCUCGUCGGCGGCGGCGACAGGAUUUGCCUGUGCCACGCCAUCAUGGGCGACCUGGGUAUAUUUGCAGGCGGGACGAUAGACCAGCUACGCAUGCUCGUGCUGCCUCUAACGUGCACCACGUUCAUACCGCCGGACCUUCUUCUGAUGUGCCUCGUUAACCCUGUCCCGCCGAUUCUGUAA